GUGGGGCCCGCUGGGUAGUGGGGGCGUGUCGACACGGCGCGGCGGGGGACGAGAAGGGGAUAAGAUGGGUCGGGUAGUCGUGGAGCUCUUUUACGACGUGGUGUCUCCUUACUCCUGGCUGGGGUUCGAGGUUCUCUGCCGAUACCAGCACAUAUGGAAUAUUGAUUUGCGCUUUCGUCCGGCUUUCCUUGGUGGCAUAAUGCAGUCAACUGGUAACAAGCCUCCAGCAAUGUUGCCAAAGCGUGCAGAAUACCUGCAGAAGGAUAUAGUAAGGAUGGCAAAAUAUUAUCAGGUGCCUUUAACAUUUUCAGAAGACGUCUUCCAACGUAUUCUUGGUAAAAACAGUCUUGGAGCCAUGCGUUUUAUCACAGCCAUUGAUAUGACACAACCAAAGUACUUGGAACCUUUAUCUAGAGAGUUCUGGUUACGUUUUUGGUCACAGCAUGAAGAUAUCAGUCAGGUGGAGAGUAUUUUGGCUGUAGCAGAAAAGGCUGGGCUAUCCUCUGAGCUCACCCAGAAGCUACUUGAAAUGACUUCAUCCCCUGCAGUGAAGAAUCGUCUGAAGGAGACAACUGAGGAAGCAAUAAAAUAUGGGGCUUUUGGGAUGCCUGCUGUUGUGGCGCAUGUUAAUGGAAAACCUCAUCUCUUUUUUGGCUCUGAUCGUUUAGAGCUGCUAGCUAGCAUUAUAGGUGAAAAAUGGCUGGGACCAGUUCCCUCAGCUCCAAGCCCAAAAAUGUGAAAAGUCUUGGGGAAAUACCUAAGAAUGAAAAGACAACAAUUAUAUAUACAGUUGAUCUUUGGUGAUUAUGUAUCCAAUUUUAUAGAGAGAUGGCUUUCUCUUCCUUAACUACUAACUCUACAGAUCAAUUUCAUUUCUAGUUAAGAAAUUUGAGAUUUAUCAAUAUGAACAGUCUGAUCUGUUCUUUACAAAUACAAAUGUGUUGCUUUCAAAGAUUAAUGUUUAACAUUAAGGAUUUAACUUCUUUCAGGUUAAACAUCAUCUUUUCCAAUCAAAAGUAUGAGGAUUAAGUUAUUAUGGGACUGACAUCUUGAUGUUUCAGAGAGUUCUCAUAUCUUCCCACUUGUCCUUUAGAAACACACAUACAGCCUAAGAGAUGUUAUUUAUAUUUGCCUUUUAAGUCCAAGAUACAACACAGACGGAAGAAACACAGGACAAGGCACUCGUGCUUCCUUUCACCUUGCAGCACAGUGAUUGGUUAGACUAGUGGAAGAGAGAGAGAAUUCAAGUCCAAAGCAAAAUCUGGGAAAUGAGUCAAGUACUUCAAAAAUAAUUCAACUGGACGGUAUUUAUACCUGCACUCAUGUGACUGACACUGGAGAUCACCACACAUGCACAUUCAUAGGCACCAGCUCCAGCCCUUGCAGAGGUUCUUAAUUAAUGCCAAUUUUGCAGUAGCAUCCUUGGAAGACAGUGGUGAACACGAUGUAAACUCAGUUGGCAACCAAACUCGACUAUGCUUUGCUUCCUCAAAAAUGGCCUUGUUGCUGACUGUUCAAUAGUGAUCUAGGAUGUGACUAUGAGGGACUUGGCGUUAUACAGUCUGCAGGGGUGAAGACAUGCAAACAGUAAGAUUAAAAUCAAAACAUUUAAUUUGCCACUCCCUCCUCUGACUACAGUCCUUACAAUUUGCACACUAAAAUUGUUUGGAAAUUUGGCCUUAUAUUGGCUGAAUGGGAAUAGCGUAUUUGAAUUUAUUUUUGUGAGGCUUGAUUUUUCAGUGUUUCCUCACUGCCUCUGAUGCAUCAGUGAAGGAAGCAGAAGGUCUAGCAGCAGCUGGAACCUGUUUUUGUCUCUUAACUUCAAGGUAAAACAUGCUCAGUCUCCAUGUUCUUACAGCUCUAAGUGUUUGUUUCCCCAUGCACAAUUUUCCCUUCUUACAUCUGUUAUGCAUCUUCAGGAAACAUCAUAAAAUUAGAGAACUCCUUUCUCCUUUUAACCAGUUCACCCUGGGCAGAUCCAGUCUGAAAUUUAAGGAAAUGGGGAAUAUAAGAGGCUACAUUCACUGAGGAGUCAGAAUCACAGAGAAGUUACCAUCCACAUGAAUGCCAUAGGCUUUUGUAAGUCCCUUCAAGCCAUGUUGGACAGGUUUUCGAUCAUUAUACUCCUGAAAUUUGCUACUCUUUAUCAGUGUUACAAAACUAAUUCUGAGGUGCUGGUAAAAACAGAGUGGCUGAGACGUUGCUUUAGGCCAGACCACAUCAGUGACUUGAUUCACAGUGCUGUCUCAGAAAUGGGUAAAAUGCACUUUUGUGGAUGUAAUUAGCUCUGGUGUGAAUUUGGGGAAAAUGUAAUAAAUGUCUUGAAUUAAUUUGAUUGUGGAAGCCAGGUUCUCAUGAAGCUUUAUCUUACAAAAGAGCUUGACUUAAGAAACGGCCUAGUGGCAAAACUAUUGGUUUGGGAGAUGGAUCUCCUGAAAUGGAUCUUACAGACUGUUGUGUACUUUCCCAAAAUUAUCUUCAAGGCUGUCAGAUGCACUUGAAAUCAGUAGAGAUGAAAUGCUCAAAGUCUGAAGUACUAAAAUACCAUUUACACGCUGCUGAGGAGAUUAACAAAAUCCAAACUCAAGUUUUUCCCUGUAUCACUUAUUGUCUAUGAUAACCACUGGUAAGUGAUUACAUCCUUUGCAGUUAUUUCAGUGAGGAUGCAUAUUGUGGCAACUCUGCAUACAUACUUUGAGCAAAAUUUCCCUGUUUGGGAGCAGAGGUCUGAAGUUCUGCCUCUGUCUACAGAGACCUGAUCAUGAGCACGUGGCUCUUGGCAGACACUGAUGACUACCCCCAGUAAAUGCUGGUUAGCAGCUAUAUUUUUAGUCUAAGCAUUCAUAUCUGGCAUAGCAGGCAUUUAACUAGUCUCAGCACUAACUAUUGGCUUCUUUACCUGGCUUGCCUUUCUCAUCUGCUCUCUAUAAAUGUUAUUCUACGGGGACAUCAGUGGCCCAGUACCACUGUGAAGAGCUCUGCUGUUCAUCUGAUUGCUCCAAGUGCCAUGAGAUGGCAGAUCAGCUAACAACUAAGCAUCACUUGAACAUUACAAUGAGAGCUUAAACCGUUGUGUCUUGCAGCAUGCACAGGGGUUUGCAUUAAGCACUAAUAAGUACUAUCAACUAUUUGUGAAUAGCUGGAAGAAUUUUCUUCUCUUAAAGAUGAUGCCUCUUCUAUCUAGCUAUAUACCAAACUGAGUUCCUCAGAGCUUCGCAUCUUUAUCAAUUUCAAGGUAGCAUGAUGUUCAACUGUCAAAACAGAAAGGGUACCAGAAAAUGAGACAGACUGUGAGCUUAAAGAGAGACUUUGAAAGAUGCAGGCAAAAAUGGACUUUGAAUUCUAGGGAACAAGCCUAGAGCUGUGUUCUUCUUUGCUCUAUUACAAACCUCACCAGGAAAUUCAGUUGCACUUUGACAUCUAAGGCAAACCCGUGAAACUGCCACGAAGAAGUAGGUUCCACUAAGGCUAGGCUGAAAGCCAGCAAACAAAGAUUCUAGAGAUAGGCACAAAGUCAGAAAAUAAGCAAAAGAAAAUGGCUUACUAAAAUAAUGAAACCACAGAAAGAAGAGAAUACGUGCGGAGAAAGCUGGGUGGCAUCUGAGCAAAAGAAACAGCAAGGCAAGAACAGAAUAAAACUGAAUGUAGAUUAUUGCAGAUAGAGAUGUCUCAGCAAGAAAAUGUUGUUCACUGUGGCAGUUCGCUGUGUUGUUCACUGCAGGCAACCAAAAAAAGGCAGUGCUUAUAUAUAUAUAAAACAAGCCGUAGAAAGUUGGCCAUAGAAAACGAUUUGUAGAAGAAGGAAUAAUAUUGUCUUCACUGUGAAGCUGUACAGUAUUUGCUGCACUCUUUCAGUAUGGCAAGAGGUAGCCCAGAAGCCUGCCUCUGCAUUGACUCACUGCUUUAUGGUACUGUUCCAUGGCAGUUACCUGUGCUUCUUACCCAGUGUGCACUGAAACAAUUCUGCAGCGAUGUCUUCACACAUAGCAUUAAAUGGAGACCUGCAGAACAAGGUAGUUCUUUUAACUCUCCCCUGCAAGUAUCUUCUUGUCCUUUCUUGUCCCUUUAACCCUCAGCAAAGACUCCUAAGUUAAGUUUCUCUCUUUCUCCCAUCCUUACCUCUGUGCAAAUGAAAAGGAAACGUUUUACUAAAGCACUUAGUGGGCUAUGGUGCUGACCAUCUGAUUUGCUGCCUUUUCCAGUGAAGCCAGCAACACUGCUGGAAGGAAGCAACUUGCUUCCUAGAAGGGAACCAAGCACAGAACAAUAAACAAACAAUUACCAAAUUUUUUCAUGGAUUUGUGGACUGUCCAAUGACAGUGAAAGGAAUUUACCCACACGUGACUUGACUAAUAUUACCAUCAUUUACUUCUAGAUUGAAACACUUGGAAUGUGACUUUCAUUUCAUACUAAAAAUCAUUGAAUUUGGCCACUGCUUCCAGACUGUUUUGCAGUCACACCUGUUCUGUCUAUAACUUCUUGUCUAGAGUAGUUCUGACUACAGGUGUCCAACAAGUACUGAAGUCCUUCUCCAACUCUCCUAUAAGUUUCCCUUGAUCCUUUUUUUAGUUUAUCAGUCUACUGUUCUACCCAAAAACUAGUUUAAAAAAUAAAGCAGGUUCUACUAAGUGACAGAGUCGUGCAGUCAAGCUAGAAAAUGCUAUUACUGAAUACAUCUGUGCAAUUUGAAUGCCUGAUCUUUAUGAAUAUAUGCACUCAUUGUAUUUGUCUUCUCCUCCCUUUGCUCCCUCUCCCAGGCCUCCCACAUCUAGCUUCAGGGUUUAAGGAAUUUGCCUAUCGUCACAUAUCAAUACCAUGUUUGAACAAGGAAUUAAAUACUUUGCAAAAUUCAAAGA